AUGGCGGACGCUAUCACCGAGUCGACGGCGAAGCUCCAGCUCGAUGAGGAGACAGGCGAGAUGGUCAGCAAGGGCGAGCUGAAGAAACGCCAGGCCAAGCGCGCAAAGAAGGCCGCCGCCGCGAAGGCAAAGGAAGCGAAAGCAGCUGUUGCCUCUGCGGCUGGCGUUGACAAGAAGGAAGCCCCCAAGCCUGCGAAAAAGGAGGAAGAGGCUGUCAUCGACCCCGAGGCCAUUUUCAAGCAGGGCUUCCUAGAGGAGGUCUACAAGGAGCGUCCCGUGAAGCCCGUCGUUACGCGAUUCCCUCCUGAACCCAACGGCUUCCUCCAUAUUGGACACGCAAAGGCUAUCGCGGUCAACUUUGGCUUUGCCAAGUACCACGGCGGACAAUGUCUUUUGCGAUACGACGAUACGAACCCCGAGAAAGAGGAGGAAAAAUACUUCACGGCUAUCAAGGAUAUGGUCACUUGGCUUGGAUUCACACCUGCCAAGAUCACGCAUUCGAGCGACUACUUCCAGCAGCUCUAUGAUCUUGCUGAGAAGAUGAUCAACCUCGAGAAGGCCUAUGUCUGCUUCUGUCCCGAUACUGAGAUCAAGCUUCAGCGAGGUGGCGAGAAGGGAUCCUCGCCGCGAUACCGUUGCAAGCAUGCCGAACAGACUGUAGAAGACAAUUUGACCAAAUUCAGAGGCAUGCGCGACGGCCAAUAUCAGCCGAAGGAGGCCUUCCUCAGGAUGAAGCAAGAUAUCACCGAUAACAAUCCUCAAAUGUGGGAUCUUGCGGCAUACAGAAUUCCCAAGGAGCAGGAGCAUUUCAGGACUGGGAACCAAUGGAAGAUCUACCCAACGUACGAUUUCACGCAUUGCUUGGUCGAUAGCAUGGAAAACAUUAGCCACUCACUCUGCACACGCGAAUUCUUGCUCUCGCGUCAAAGUUACGAGUGGCUCAACGCGGCGCUUGUCGAACACCAGCCUAUGCAGCGCGAGUAUGGUCGCCUCAACAUUGCUGGUACCGUACUCAGCAAGCGGAAGAUCCAGAAGCUUGUCGAGGAGAAGUUUGUUCGUAACUGGGACGACCCCAGGCUUUUCACCCUGGUUGCCGUCAAGAGGAGAGGUGUGCCGCCGGCGGCUAUCCUGCAAUUCGUGAACGAGCUUGGCGUCACUACGGCUGAAACGCUCAUCCAGAUCAAGCGCUUUGAGCAAUCCAUCCGCAAGUAUCUUGAAGCUACCGUUCCACGUCUCAUGAUGGUCCUUGACCCCAUUCCGGUCGUCAUCGAGGAUGCUACGGAGAGUAUCGAGCUGGACCUGCCGUUCUCACCCAAAGACCCCAAGAUGACCUCACACACCGUCAAGUUCACAUCAACCAUCUACAUCGACCGCUCCGACUUCCGUGAAGUCGACAGCAAGGACUACUUCCGUCUCGCCCCCGGCAAAACGGUCGGUCUCAUGAACGCGCCUCACCCCAUCAAAGCGACGUCAUUCACCAAGGACGAGGCUACCGGCAAGGUUACCGAGGUCCGUGCGGUGUUUGACAAGGAGGCCAAGAAGCCCAAGGCCUACAUUACCUGGGUUGGCUCGGAGGGCUCAAGACGCGUAGAGGCCAGGGUACAUAACUCGCUCUUCAAGAGUGACAAGCCCGAGGACGCCGAGGGCGGAUUCCUGAAUGACAUCAACCCUGACAGCGAAGUCAUCUACCCCGAGGCCAUGAUCGAGAGCGGUUUUGAUGAGGUCAGACGGCGGGCGCCAUGGCCCGAGGCUGCUGGCGAGAGCGAGUUGGGCAAGGGCGGACCUGAGAGCGUGCGAUUCCAGGCGAUGCGCAUCGCCUACUUUGCCAUGGACUCGGACUCCACAGACGACAAGAUUGUUCUCAACAGGAUUGUGUCGCUCAAGGAAGACGCCGGCAAGAACUAG